GAAGCAGUUGACAAAGCUCAUCAUCCUUCUCCAUCCAGCUGCCUCGCGCGGCACCCUGUUCUCCACACAGUUCAACGUGUCACUCUCCAAUACCCACUCCAUGCACGUCGCCACGUGUCACAAAAAUCCCAUAUCUCACCACCAUCACGCCAUGCAUGCCUCACAAAAAACAAAUCACAAAAACAAAUAACUAAUUCACUCAUCCACCCACUCACUCACUCUCGAGAUCUGAAAUUAAUAACAGAAAAUAAUGGUGAAGCUAGCAUCGGCAAGGGACUUCCGUACGUACGGGCCGGGCCUCACCAGAAACCGUUACGAGUACAUCAACGCGGGGCUUUACCUGUUUUCCACCGUGGUCCUGAGUUGUGGUUUCGCAUCUCAGUUUUCUUCCGAGGCUUCUUCGGGGCUCGUGGUUUUCCUCAUUGCAUUGGGCCUCAUGUUAAUCGUAAACUUUCAUGACCUUAUGGCGCAUCUUGUUCCCAUUGAUUUCCGCUUUCAGUUGAUGGCCUUUGAUCCUCAGCUCGCCUUCGUCGAAUUCGCUGUUCCCCUCUUCAACAUGCUCGGAACGCUUCUUACUUUUCUUGCCGUUUUCUUCAUUUUUCUUCAGGAAGAGAAAGGACAUGGUUACUUCAAAUUGGAAAAGCAUGCUCUGAACAUGUUGGUUGCUGGUCCUGUACUAUGGGUGGUGGGAUCGAUUCACAAUUCAUGUCAAAUCUACGAGAGAGCAGAUGGUCAUGUUCAAAUCUUGCAGCAAUGUGUGUAUAUCCCCUUCUUGAUGGGGAGUAUGUUGUUCAUGAUUAGUUCCUGCCUCAAUUAUAUUGAGCAAUCUAGAGUGAUCCACCAUGGCCUCGGCUUACUUGGUAGGGAUUGGAUCUGGUUAGGAAUCUCGGGUACCAUAUUUUUCUUCAUUGGUGGAUUGAUAAAUGUGGUGAAAGUGUUCAAGAUGCAACAAAUGAAUGGUAUGAGGCUGGAGAAGCUGCGAGGUGGAGCACAAGAGCAACUAAUAAGAGCGAGAGAAGGACAUGUUCCCCUGCUUUCAGAACAUCAUCAAAUAAGAAUAAGACAUAAUCCACCACCUGAAGAAACCAAAGUUUCAAAGCCUCUUCCUACUCCUUAUAAGGAUGUCCUUCUCGGUCAAACUAGAUCAUGAUUAUUAUAUUGAUGAUGCUUAUUUAAUUUCUUAAUGCCUAAUUAUAAUCGUGAGUUCAUCCCCUUCUCUUUUGUGCUCCUCUCUGUUUUUCCUCCUUGGGGAGCUAGCCGCCUCUUACAUCAAAUUCUGCGUA